ACCCUCUUGAAUCUGAAACUUUGGAGGGUAAAUUUUCAGCCCAUUGCAGAGAUGGGUAAGAAGUUUUAACCUUUUCCGAUCUUCCUUACCCUUUCAAUUAAGAGAAUUUGUAGUUUUUCAAUUGAAAAUCAGAACCCCAUAUUCAAGUUUUAUGCUUUCAUUCUGUAGUUUACGGUAUUUGGAUGAUGGAGUAAACUCUGCACUGUGUUGUUCUAGUUUUAGGGGAAAUUUUUGGAUAGAAUUAGUCAUCUUUUUGAGAUCUCUGAGUUGUUUCGGUCAAGUUCAUUGUGUAACUUGAAUUGUUGCAGUUCUUGGUAGUUGGUGAAGAAUUUGGUUAGAUCUGAUACUAGGGUUAGAAUGGAUUUGCAUUUGAAGAUUUUGUUUGAUAGAUUCCAGGAGCAGUUUGGUUCUGGUCCUGGACUUGGUCCCGGAUCAGGGGCUUGUCUUAUGAAGGUAGAAGGAAUUUCUCCUAACUUUAUCAAGUCUAUAUUUAGGGCUGCAGCUGCUCUGUAUAGAACUGAGCCUUGGAAGAGAUUCCACCCGGGGCAUUUUUUUGGGGUCCGAGUUGGGAAGGAUUCAGAUUGGUCUGGCAAAAAAUACCCUUUUCCAUGUGCCCAGUUUAUUGGAGGGGAUGGUGGAGAUGUUGGGUUCUAUUUGUUUCGAUCUGAAAACGAUGCUAAAAGGAUGACAGGCUCAAGGGAGACAGUUCGAGUUCCAAAUGUCGAGCUUUUGAGAGUCACGUAUGAGCUUGAGACAUUGAUGUUCCCUUCUAACCGUAAAAUGAUCAAGUCGUUUUCCUUGGAAGCAUCAGGGAGUGAUCGAUUUCCUGUUGUUGAUGUUGCUCGCUGCACAACUUCAGGUGAUCUUCGGUUUAGGAGUCCAACAUUUGAAGAGCUUAGGUUUGUGUAUGCAUUCAUGAGAGCAAUUUCUAUGGUUCAUCCGUUACUUCAGGUGGAUAAAGAAGUUGGUCCACACUUGUCAGGUUUGAUAUGUUUUGAGCCAUUUAUUGAGACAGUUGAUGUUCAGUGGCCUUCUGAAAUGGCAAAGGGCAAUGAUCUUGUUGCAGUUACAAUCUCACAUCCUCCUGGUCAGGCAUACGAGGAUAAGGCAAGCUCGACAGCAAGCUCAACACCCACCAAAUAUGCGGAGCCACCUAAGGAGGAGUUCUUCAUGGAUGUAAGAGUAAACUCAAAAUCCAGCUCUAUGCAGUGUGCAAUGUGUGAAAAAGACGUUAACGGAGACCAAUCUCUUUGCUGUGGCCAGUGUCGAGCAGUGGUCUACUGUGGUUCUGUCUGUCAGAAGCAGCACUGGAAGGAAUCACACAAAAGCAUGUGUGGUCUAUACAAAGCUAUGAUGGAAAGGGAAGAAGAGCUGGCGAUGAAAAUCUUCAUGUUCCCUUGCUCUGCUGAACAACCUUGUAAAUGGCUAGAAUCCUUGGAAAUCCAUCAGAAAGGGAUGUGGAGGAGAAAGUGUAAUUGUUAUUCUCACUGCCUCUUUGGUCUUCUUCCUGUUAAAGGUGGGUUGUGGGAUUCAUGGGGUGGGCUCAACGAUGAGGAGUACCCCCGUGAUUCACCUUUUCACAAUCAGCUAACAAGCCCUAUCCUUCUUUCUGGUUGGUCAGAGUACUACAACCUUCGGUCACUGCCAUUGUCAAGCCCUGUUGCUGAUAUUCUUUCCCAUCCUCUGACAGUUUAUUACAUAUUAACAGCUCUCAGUAUCAGUUCAAAGAACCUUUUACUCAAAGGAAAAGAGGUAAUUCUCCACUACCUGGGGCCUGAAGGGGAGUUGGAUUGGAUGCCAGCAUUUGCUGAGAUCAGUCAUUUGCUCAAUGGAUUAGGUAAUAUACAAAUCGUAAUGGUGGGACCUGAAGUGCCCACAAACUUAUCAGGGACAACUUCAGGGAUAAGCAGCAGAGUGAGGGUCAACCUUGUGAGGGGUUUCUAUCAGGAGGAAGCCACCUACCUGCCUUCUCCCCAUGCUGUAGUUGCAUUGAACUGUGAACUGGAUAGAUAUGCUAGUUGGGGUGGAGCUCUUGAUCUGAUCAAAGCCAUGGGCAUCCCAGCCUUCUUCACUGAGCAGUCAGAACUUACGUGUACAAAUACUAAACAGGUCUUACGUAGUGCUGGACUGCAUAUCACCCACCCUGUGACACCCAACCCCUUCCGCUCCCCAGUCAAGAAUCAUGGAUUUUCGAGCAAUCUUCCUUCUUAUUGUAAUGGAUUUGUGCUGGGAGUAAAUACAUGACUCAAGACUCUGUUGUCAUGGAAUACUGAACCUCAGUGCAAGGAUCAAUGGGUGAGAAGGCAUUGGUUGACAGGCAAUUUAGUAAGGUACUCAACUUCAAAUACGCCUUUCUCUGAUGUCAGAAGCUUUAUGAUUAUUCUGUUUUAUCACUGAAUGAGGACUGCAACUUCUCAGUGCGAGCUAUGGGAUGCAUCCCUCUUAGCCUUUUUUCUUACCCAUUUUUUUACUUGUACCUAGCUUCGUUUCUUUGUAAUGGUUUUUUUAUGCACAUUUAUUGUCAUGCCAAGUUCAGUUGGAAUUUCUAACAGUUUUCAUUGCAAAGCCUGUUGGUGAAAUAUCUAAGCUGAGAUAGAACUUCAGUGACUCAAAACCAAGUUCUGUUUUAUGUUGUAUUCAUGUUGCUUGUUCUGCUGUUGAAUAUUGAUAUGGACGCUGAAAAACUGAGAAAAUGAACACAGGAGCCUGUG